AUGUGUGUUUCAGACUAUUUUGAUAUAACACUACCUAAUCAGUAUAGUUUUCUUGGAUAUUAUCAAUAUUGUAUUAAACAAACUGACUUUACAUUUUCAUUUCAAAAGGAAGCAAAUACUUUAAGAAAAAAUCUGGAAACAAUUUUGAAUAAUAGUAGUAACUCAGAAAUAAUUAAAAGCAUCAAAAGUCUAAAAGAAACUUUUAAGAAUCACCAAGCUAGAUUCCAGGAAGUUGACAAAUUCUGGAACAACAUUGAAAAUGAAUAUUUACAUGAAAAACUUAGUAUAGAGGAGAAGGAAUUGCAGUUAGAUGAGUUGGAAAUAGCUCAUGUGAUAACUCGAGGGGCUUCAAAAGCAACUGCAACAGUAAUGGAAAACAUUGAUGCAAAGCUGAAAUUUAAUCAAAAACAUAGUUUACCUGAUACAUCUAAACCUACUGAUGGAAUCAAAAAUGGAACUGUUAAAAAGAUCAAAACAAUCCAAGAGCCAUCUGCUUCCAUAAAUUGUGACAACGAAACUGAGGAAGAAGAUGAACAAAUUGAAAUGGAUCUUGCAAGUAUUAGGAAACAGUUAGAGAUGGAGCCACUUAUUGAGUGGGAGGUUCGUAAUAUAAACAUCACACAGAAGUUUCAUGAGUAUCAGCGAAGUGUUAUUGACAAAACAAUGAAGUAUGGAUUAAAGUGGAGUGACUCAUAUGAGAUUUUGAAGAAAGAUUUCACAAAAGUACAUUUAAGAGCAAAAAAGUCAAUAAAUCAACAACUGAACUCAAUAGGUGGUCCCAGUGAAGCAGGAUUGUUAACAAAUAUGGAUCCAGAUUAUACUGUUCUUGGUCCUUUCUUAAAACUAGAUUACUAA